AUCAAAAUAUAGGUUAUUGCCAAAGUUUCUGAAAUACAAACGAGGCAUCAUUGCUUAGCAACGCAUUCAAAAUGGCCGCGGAUGGCGCGAAUAAUUUUGUGAACUCUUGAAGGCAGAAAAAAAAAAUACAAAAUAUAGCUGCAAAUCUGAUCAUAUAUCCCUUUUCUACAAGCAGCAACGAUGAGCGACGCUACCGCUACUAAGGAAGAUUACCUUAAAGUAUGCGCUGAUCUGGGAAGAGAGGCCGAUGUGGAGAUCUUAGCUGUGUUGAAUUCAGCAGUGGACGACAGUUUUCUGGAGCCAAUUAUAGAGUUUGACUUGCAUUUACAUGGUAACAAACGGAAUGAACGCAAUGAAAUGUACAGGAGAAGACUGACUGAUGAGGAUGCUGAUAUAUUGUACAAAACAUUAAGGAGCAACACGUUUGUCAUUGGACUGGAUCUAGGAUACAAUACAAUUGGAGAUGAUGGUGCCAAGCUGCUAGGUCAACUACUUCAGGAGACAGUUUGUCUUCAGUGGUUGGUGUUAAGUUACAAUGAUAUUGGGUCUGCUGGAGGGGAGGCAAUUGCAAAAGGAUUGCAGGUAAAUGAGACACUCGCCAAAUUGAGGCUCAAUGGAAACAAAAUAAAGACCAAAGGUGGAAUGGCAAUAGCGGGAGCUUUACAAGUUAAUACCAUGUUAGAAGAGCUUGACCUUGCUGAAACUGACCAGGAAACAGAAAGUAUUAUUGCCAUGGCCACAGUUCUAAAUUUUAACAACACAUUAAAAUCAGUGAAUCUAAACAGACCAAAACUCUUUACUCGUCAGGAAGAGCCCACAGUUCACAUGGCCUUAAUGUUGAAGGUAAAUGUAAGACUACGAGAAAUCCACCUUGCACACUAUGACCUGAGAGACUUUGGUGCAGCCAGACUGACAGAGAACCUUAUGGAUAACUUGACCCUAACACACCUAGAUUUAAAAAGCAACAACAUUACAAGAGAUGGCGCUAAGCAGCUGGCGAUCCUGUUAAAGAGUAAUACACCUCUUGAAGUAUUAAACUUGUCGUACAACAGAAUUGAAGAUGAUGGAGCUGUUGCACUUGCUGAGGCAUUGGCUGCUUACAACACAAACCUUACAUCGUUGCUCAUCUGUAGUAACAACAUAGCCAGUGAAGGUCUGUGUGCUGUAGCCAAAGCCAUGAGAAGCAAUGGCUCCCUCCAUGCUCUUUACAUCUGGGGAAAUAAACUUGAAGAACCAGCAUGCAAGGCAUUUCAGGACCUGUUGAAUGGACCCGUUCCUCGUCUGGAGCCCCAAAAUACAGAUGUUGAACCCUACGUUGUAGAUGGCGUGGUGUAUUUAGCAAGACUCUGAACAUUUUUUCUGUUAAUACUCCAUUAACAUAACAAUAUUUGUCUUUGUGUAAAUAACUCUGAAUUUUGCAGAAAAUGUUUUGUACAGCUAUGCAGAUUAGAUUUUGGAGAAGAAAUCAAUAUCAGUCAAAACCGUAUUUUUUAUUAUUUUGAAUUGGAAUAUUUCUGCAAAUUUCUUCAGUGAAAUACUGCAGUAUCUAGAUUGGGGUUAUGGAUUCUCAAAUUGUGAUAAUUAACAAUCAGACCACGAGGACGAAUGGACUGCAAGUAAUAGCCCAUGAGGGCGAGUGGUCUAAUUGUUUUACUAUUCACCAACUUUUAGGGCAAAAAUAAAACAAAAAAUGAUUCAACAACAAUUUUUUUGUAGUUUAGCUUGUCAAAACCGGCAAAAUUUCUGUGCCAUGGUCUAUCACAAAUAGACCAUGAUUGAGCAGCUGAUCAGAGCGUGCGAUUUGUGAUAGUCCAUGGGAUGGUGAAUACUAAAUAAUAUUAUUCAUUGACUUGAAGGUAAUCAAUUUAUUUUCGAUAUGGUCUAAAUUCAAGGUGUGGAUAAAAUUCUACUAGCAAUGAUCUUGAGAAUGAACUGAUGUUAAAAUACUGCAUGUUGUUCUUGGGUUUACUGUUUUAUCGUCAUUUGAGAUAAAUGUUAUUAUGUACCAGUCUAUCUGUCUAUAAGGAACAGUUAGAACUGUGUUCAAAGAUAAAACAAGUGUUAUAAUAUUGUAUAAACCUCACAAUUGUUUUGAUGAAAGGUAUAGAAAAAGCAAAAGUUGCCAAAGUAAUGAGCAAUAAUCAUGGACGAGCAAAUUUUGGAUCCAGCAAGAGAAUUUCAUCUACUUGCUAUCCCAAUGGCUAGUGUAUUAUUAAUAACUAGUUAUUUCCAAAUGCCAUUUAUAACGCUUGAGUUUUGAUAGAAAUUAUUACCUGGUAUUUUAAAACUGUACAUGAUUUUUAUAGGCAACCUGUACAGUUAAUUUUUCUUUUUUUGUUAUGAGACUUGAAAUAAAAGUGAUGAUAUGUUCAAUUAAGAGUUCAAGUACUGUUAGUGAUGAAUUGUAGUGAGUUUGUUUCUAACUUGGGUCUUAAAAGGCAAAUUCUAUACUGUAUAAAAUAGUAUGUUUUAUUAAUUUUAGCUGAUUACUAAAUAACAACCUCAUACAGUGAACAAGUAUAUGGUUAUGGCAAAUUUAGAGACGAGUGCAGAAAUGUUUACACGUACUUGUUUCAUAUUACAAAACAAGUUCUUUUAAGUACUGAAAUCUAAAAAUUAAUGGAACAAACGUAAGUUUACCGGAUACAGUGAACGUACAUUUAAUAUAUAUUAUUAAUGAUAAAGAGAGCUGUCUGUUCCUGUCAUUUAUAAUACAUGUCCUAGAAAUCUUUUAUAUGAGAAAUCCCUGCCCUUAAAUCACUGACCUGCAGGUUACAGUAAGAGAGUGUUGAGUUGUUUUUGUCAAUGAAUUUAAGAUCAUUUAGUUGGCUGUGAAUAAUCUGGACCACUGCUAAAACACUGACAAGGUCUGCAUACACUUCAACUUGUCUUUUUCUGACUUCGUUUUCUUUACAUCAACCUUCCCUUCCCCAAUACAACCUGUUA